AUGGUUGGUAUUGUACGUACAGUGGCUUGUGGUGGAUGGGUGUAUAUCACAUCAACAGACGAUCAUUUAACGCAUGAUAUUGCUAUGGUGCUUUACUUGCUCUGUACAUUACCUUGGCAAUUGGGCGUACUUUAUUCCACUUUAGCCGAAAAUCAAACUGCUGUUCUACAAAGAAUUCCUGGAGCUUAUACAACCUAUGCUUUCUUUGAAUGGUCUUUAAUUUUGUACGAUGUUGCUUUUGAUGCAGUAACUGCCAUUGAAUUUCAGAACUUUGAACUUUCUAUUGUGGAUAAAACAGGCAUUUCACCUAUUGCUGAUUCAUCUGUACCUUAUGCAUCCAACCCUGAAGGAAGUAUUGCACCUUCUACUUUGCGUACUUUAACUGCCUUUGCUGGUUUUGCUACUGAGACUUAUUUGGCCUUUGUCUUUUGGUCCAUGUUGACUGCCUUGACACUUUUAAUCUGGUAUUUCCCUCUUUGGUAUAUGGGUAUUUCUGGCUUUGAAGCAUUUUUGCUUAUUGUGUUGAUGCCUGUUGUGAAUGGUAUUGCACCCUUGAGACGCUUUGUAGCUAAAUAUCGCGGUGCGUUUCAUUUUGUAUCUUUGAUUGGUAUUGCUUCUUAUCUCAAGACAGAUCCUGUUUGGAGACUCUCCUUGACUGCUUUAGGUAUUGGUCUUAGUUUAACAACUUGGACUGCCAGCUGGUUUGAAUCAAGAAAGCAUACAGGUGACUUGGAGCGCUCUGCUCUUAUCUGGGGUCUUGGUCUUGUAUUGCACAAUGUUGUCAAGAUGGCCUGGUUUACUGAAAAUCCUAUUUGGCCCAUCAUGCAUAAAGAAAACGGUGGUUGGAAUGAUGUAGGUAUUGUGUUGGGCAUCAUUGCCUCUGUCGAGAUCAUGAUGCGCGAUAGUUCUGUUCGCAAAUCAACAGAAAACGGUCAAGACUUGAGUUCUUUGUCAUCAGGUGAUAGACGUUUUGGUAGUUCAGUCAUGGCUGGUCUUGGUUUUGGUUCACUUUUGUUUGCUCUUCAUUCUAUGUUCACUGAUUCUUCCAUCAUCAUGCGUUGGACUGUGGAUGGCUAUCCCAACUAUGGUCCUGAACCUGUGCCAUGGGGUGUGGCUACCAUUGCUGCAUUAGCUGUGGGUCUGUUGAUCUCUCCUUACCGUCGCUUGACUACAAGUCUUGCUUGGUAUGCUGUUGGCGCUGCCUCAUGUGCUGUCUUUUACUGCUAUUCUGCAUGGACUGCUUAUUAUGCAGGUCUUGUCUUAGGUGCCUAUUUCUUGUCGAUUAUGCCUGCCUUGAUCCGUGGUAUUUCCACACAACCUCCUUUCAAGACCAUGCUAAUUUCCUUUUUGACCUAUAUCGUCUUGUGUCUGGCUCAUGUGUGGGUUGUUGCUUAUGAGUUUGUGCCUGGUGGUGUCUAUGCGCGUGAACGUACAGAUGCUAUCUUGGUCACCCUGAUGGCUUUGACGGGUCUUGGUGUUUUGAAUGCGAACAAGCAAGCCAUGCAAGAUAUUCAAAAGAAGCUAGCUCAAUUCCAUGUAUUGAAGCAUGCUCGUUUCAUGACACGUUUGUUUGUUGCUGGCUUGAUUGCUGUUUCUGCUCUGGCUGCUACCAAGCGUAUGGCACAUGCCAAGACACCUGUUCCAUUUACUACUACUGAGAAAUCAUUUACAGCGGCUAUUUGGACUAUUCAUUUUGCUUUAGAUAACGAUAUGUGGGCAAGUGAACAUCGUAUGCGUGAUGCUAUUCGAGAUUUAGAACUGGACGUUGUGGGUUUACUUGAAUCAGAUACAAUGAGAAUCAUUAUGGGUAACCGUGAUUGGGCUCAAUCGAUUGCUGAAGAGCUUGGUUAUUAUGUUGACUUUGGACCUGCUAGUAUGAAACAUACGUGGGGUUGUUUAAUGCUUUCUAAAUUCCCCAUCAUUAAGUCUGAGCAUCAUCUUUUACCUUCCCCUGUGGGUGAACUUGCUUGUGCUAUUCAUGCUACUUUGGAUGUCUAUGGCCAACCCGUUGAUUUCAUUGUUAGCCAUAACGGUCAAGAUGAGAAUUACAAUGACAGAAUUCAGCAAACCACUGAACUUGCACGUAUUAUGCGUACAAGUCCUAAUCCCUUUGUGUUCUUGGGCUAUGUCGUCACAAAGCCUCAACAAGAAAUCUACCAUCUGUUGUUUGAUGGUGGCGAUAUGAAUGAUAUUGAUCCUACUGACUGGGAUCGUUGGUGCGAAUAUGUUGGUUUCCGUGGCUUACGCCGUGUGGGUUAUGCUCGUGUCAGUCAUGGCGGUAUUACAGAUACUGAAAUUCAAACAGGUAAAUUCCAACUGGUACAGAAUCCCAAGGAGUAUUGGAAAGCAUCCUAUGAUCGUAUUCCUGAAUCUCAAGUCAUUCCUACACUCAGAUAUCCUGCCAUGUUUUAUGGCCAAGGUGUUCGUGGACAUAGAUAUCAUGUAUUUAACGAACCUCGUUACUUUGCCAAUUAA